AGCACCGCUCCCCCCGCGGACACCGCGGGCUCCACACCGGCCCCGCCGCCGCCUCUCGCCGCCUGCUUGGCAGUCUGGAAAGCCGGGUGCAAGGAUGGUGAAGCUGGGGAGUAAUUUGAACGACAAGAACAACAAACAACCAUCCAACGAAGAUGGUUUUCAGACAGUUCCUUUGAUCACGCCUUUGGAAGUAAAUCACCUGCAGUUCCCGGCUCCGGAAAAGGUAAUUGUGAAAACAAGAACAGAAUAUCAGCCUGACCAGAAGAACAAAGGAAAACUCAGAGUGCCCAAAAUUGCUGAAUUCACAGUCAGUUUCACUGAUGGGGUAACAGAAAGACUAAAGGUCACCAUCCUCAUAAGCCUGGCUCUUGCAUUCCUUGCCUGCAUAGUGUUCCUUGUGGUGUACAAAGCCUUCACUUACGACCACAGUUGCCCAGAUGGAUUUGUUUAUAAGCACAAGCGCUGCAUCCCCGCCUCGCUGGACGCCUACUACUCAGCCCAGGAUUCCAACUCCCGGGGCAGGUUCUACACCGUCAUCAGCCACUACAGCAUGGCCAAGCAGACCAGCUCCCGGGCCGUGUCCCCCUGGCUGCCCUCGGGCUCGGCCAGCCACGACAACAAGGCUGCCAAGACAGAAGGUCAUUAAAGGGAACGAGCUGGGCGGAGCUGGAGCGGGAGGGAGGGGGGACAACACCUGAGCGUGCCCUGCUGGCAGCGGGGCAGGAGGGAAUCCAACCCAAGUGCAGGAUCAGCUUCGUGGAUAUUUCUUUUUGUGCGUUGUUCUCGUUGAUUUGUUACCGAGUCGAGCUCUUGUACAAAGGCAUGUUUGAUGUUGACUGUACCUUAACGAUGUAAAAAUAUUUUUAAAUCAUUGCUUAACUAUUUGUUAGAAAAAUAAA